GCGACGCGCGUGCGCAUGAACAAUUCACGAGUCAAAUUAUUUACGGUCUACUUUUGAUAAAUUCGUUACGUUGCUAAAGGAAUUCUUACAAACUCGUAAGCUUAAAACCGUACGAAGAAGUGUUGCAUACGCAGAAAAGCAGACACUUCUACUUACCAACCGAAAUCAAUUAGCCCAAUUGGGCCCGAUUCUUUCGUUUCUACACACAUACCGACAUACAAUGGUUUCAUUGUUGCAACACUUUAUUAAGAUUCUACUUACACUGAGUGUUGUUGGUAUGGCUUGGGGUCGCGCUGCUAAUUCGAAAACGGCGCGUGCGCCACUGGAAGAGAACAGCAAACAAUUAUUUGUCUUUGGUAGCGGCAAAGAGACGAGUCCGCCAGACUUUGUGCGCUUGGUUGUGAUGCGUCUCAUUUACGGACUGGCGUCAACUAUGGGGCUGGAAGACCGGCUAGAGGAUGCAUUCAAUGGCGCCUUUGUGCCGCCGAAUGCUGAUGAGGGCCUUUUCAAUUUCGGUGGCUCCGAUUAUGAUGAUGGAGAUGAUGGGGCGCUGGGUGCGCUCUUCGAUGAUAUCUAGAAAGCAAAGACACGACAAAGACAAGACAAAGGAGAAUAUAUUCCGAAUGAAAUCUGAGUUAGUUACGAAUGAUAAAAAGGCCCAAGUGAAGAUUAUAUUUAAAAAAAAAGAUAAAGUAACCAAAAAUUUAAAAUACGAGUAGAAUAAAUUAUUUAUUUUAAUUAAGUGUAGUUGUAAAUUUUAUAAAUUAAUUGUAAUAUUUAUGCCAAGUUUACUGUGUAAAAAGUGGGGAUUCCUAGUUAUGCAAUGU